UCAUGUAAUUUGAUUGAACCCUAAAAAAACCCUAAUUGAUCGUUUUGUUUUUUUUCCGAUAAUCGGACAGCGAUGGAGGGAUUAGAGAAGUUUUACAACAAGAUGGUGAAAGAUGCGAAAUCGGCAGCUUCUUCUUCUUCGUCUUCUCUUUCCGAUUUUGCGGAAACUCUGAUGCAGGACAAACGAGGCUCCGGCCCCGGCAGCAACUUGACUACUACAUACGACUCAGGAUCCGGCACCUUGGUCACCAGACCUCCGAGCGGAGUUUCAGUCUGGACGUGUUCAAAGCUGUGCGCUGUGUUCUUUGUCGCUGGGGUGUUUGUUGGUUAUACCCUUAAGAGAAGGGUUCGAAAGUGGGCUUCCAAGUUGCUCAGAAAGAUAAAGGAUGAUUAAACUCAAAACUCUGUUUUGCCUUCUACUGCAGUAUUGGUACAGUUAACACAAAGGCAUUGUUACUUAUUCUCCUUCUUGAGUGUGUUUCAGUUCCAGUUUACUGUGCUCGAGUCGAGGCACCUUUUUAAUGAAACUUCUUUUUGUUUAAUUUUUCUGCCUCUGUGACUAUAUUAGCUUUGUGCCUUGUGGUAAUGGAAAUAGAGAUGGGUUCAUCUUUAUAAAGACGCGUAUGUUAUUUUGUA